GCCGGGACUUGUGCUGGUCGUCGCCAAUCUCGCAAUCAGCCAUUCAGUCAGGUGUAGACAGUGGUUCGAAGUGGAAGUCCUUUGGAAAAGUAGCGACUCCGCGGUUGGGUGUUCCGCAGUACUUUGUGGGGCUGCCUCAAUGUGGAAAAGUGCUUUGUGAAGGAGGAAAAAAUCCUAGAAAGGCCUUGAUAUCUAAUUUAGCAAGAUGGGUACAGAUUAGGUUGAGCAGAAUCUGUGAAAAAAUCUGAGGAAUAAAUCAACCAAACGUGAUAUGUGCUGAAAUGAGAAAAAAGAAAAUCAACGUAUUAAAAAUAGCGAGAAAUAUACGAAACAAGUGUUUAAAAUCCGAAUGGAAGAGUGCGAAAUUUUCCUCCAAAUAAUUUGAACCACUCGUGCAGAUGCUGAGCAGAGCCUAAAAAAAGGAAGAGAAUUGAAACGCCGUUGGGCGAAGACGUCGUAGGUGUAGGAUUUCCGACACCUUUCGCAAGGUGGAAACCUACUGAACGAAGGAGGAUACAACUCGCAGUAGAGUAAAAAAAAUCCAGUCAGCAGCAGCCAGAGAGGAAAAUCAGGAAAAAUUACCUCCAGAAUCAAGCGUAACAUUUUCAGAAUGGCCCCGGGCCAUUACUUCUGGGCAAUAUUCUACUUUGCCUGUCUGUGUAGUGCGUCACUAGCAAACAACGCCAAGGUAAACUUCCGAGAGAAAGAAAAGAAAAUCCUCGAUCAGAUCCUAGGCGCUGGUAAAUAUGACGCCCGAAUCCGUCCCUCGGGCAUCAACGGCACAGAUGAUAAAGCUACACAAGUGUUCGUCAACAUGUUCCUUAGAUCGAUCUCGAAAAUCGACGAUUACAAAAUGGAGUACAGCGUUCAGCUGACAUUCCGAGAGCAGUGGCUGGACGAGCGGCUCAAGUUCAACGACAUUGGAGGCCGCCUCAAGUACCUGACGCUGACCGAGGCCAACCGUGUCUGGAUGCCGGAUUUGUUCUUCUCGAACGAGAAGGAAGGCCAUUUCCACAACAUUAUCAUGCCGAACGUGUACAUUCGGAUCUUCCCGUACGGGUCGGUUCUGUACAGCAUACGAAUCUCGUUGACGCUUGCCUGCCCGAUGAAUCUGAAGCUGUAUCCCCUGGACAGGCAGGUGUGCUCGCUCCGAAUGGCUAGCUACGGCUGGACGACCGCUGAUUUGGUAUUCCUGUGGAAGGAAGAUGACCCGGUACAGGUGGUGAAGAAUUUACACCUACCACGCUUCACCCUGGAGAAGUUCUUAACCGAUUACUGUAACAGUAAAACCAACACUGGUGAAUACAGUUGCCUCAAGGUGGACCUUCUCUUCAAGCGAGAGUUCUCGUACUACUUGAUCCAGAUCUACAUCCCUUGCUGCAUGUUGGUUAUCGUAUCAUGGGUGUCCUUCUGGCUCGAUCAGGGCGCUGUACCGGCUCGGGUAUCGCUCGGUGUCACCACGCUGCUAACCAUGGCCACCCAGACCUCCGGUAUCAACGCAUCGCUACCGCCGGUGUCCUACACAAAGGCCAUCGACGUGUGGACUGGCGUCUGCUUGACGUUCGUCUUCGGAGCACUGCUAGAGUUCGCUCUGGUCAACUACGCCUCCCGUUCAGCGGACAGGGCUGCGGACAUUCAACGGGAGAACAUGAAGAAGAAACGGCGCGAGAUGGAACAGGUCAGCCUGGACGCGGCGUCCGACCUGCUGGACACCGACAGCAACGCCACCUUUGCGAUGAAACCCUUGGUCCGCCACCCGGGUGAUCCCUUGGCCAUGGAAAAGCUACGGCAGUGCGAGGUGCACAUGCAAGCCCCGAAGAGGCCCAACUGCUGCCGGACCUGGUGGUCCAGGUUCCCAACCAGCCCACUUAAGAAGGUUCCGUGCUUCGGAAGGGGACAAUGCUCCCGCUCGAAGCGCAUCGACGUCAUCUCCCGGAUAACGUUCCCGCUCGUGUUCGCCCUAUUCAACCUGGUCUACUGGAGCACCUAUCUCUUCCGCGAAGAGGAUGAAGAUUAGAUCAUCCGUGAUCGUCGCCGCCCAAAGGUCCCUAAAAGGGUCACCUUGGCAAAACUGUGCCGGAUUUCCACUCACACCAGCAUAACUUCUAUAUGGUUAUUGAGAAUUACAUUACUCUAAUUAAUAGGUCAGAAGGAUAUAGUGAUAGUGUUGGUCGUAGAGCGAAGAUCCCCGCUGGAGGGCAUUUAUUACUUAGGGAAGAAAAGUAGAGUGAUCAACUGAAGGAGUGAAUGUAAGCUUAGAUUAUGAAGAUAAGGAACAGAACAGUUUUUAAAUCCAUACCGAACAAAUCUAGCAUAACAAACAAAACAGUUAUAGAACCCACACGUGAAAAUACUGCUCAAACUGAUUCAAAAUCUACAACUACACUCCAAUCAAGGCAAAUGCACCCUAAGAAUUUUAACAACAAAAUCAACAGCUACAUUACCGCAUGAUCAGAUUUGUCGAUCUCACAUUUCUUUUACCAUCAGAUGUCAGAAGAAUUUUAUCUCACCAAACACAUGCAUCCAAACUUUCACGUUGAUAAUCGUAAUAUAAAAACAAAAAAUGAAAUGAAAUGCAAACAGAGCCUAACAAUAGUUAUACAAACACGCAAACAUAAACACUCAUAAUCUUAAAAAGGAUGUAUGUCUAUCUCCAUGCAAGUGUAUGUCAAGUAACGUAGACAAAACGGACGUAGGGAUCCUUUCCACAAGUUUCCUCCAUUGUAGAGGGAUCCUCUUUCGAUGUUGUUAAGACUUGAACUGUUUCUCUGGACAAUCCUACUACACUGAAGCGAGGCACUCUGUGCUCAACAAACUACAUAUUUCUUCGAUCGGAUGCGGAGAUGUUGCGAACAGACACUGCACUGAGCCAUCGAAACAGCUCCACAUCCGGUCCCUAGUCUUAAACGCCAAAGUUGUCAGUUGUUUUAAGUUGCUACAACCUAAGAAACACACUGUCUGAUUAACGUUAAUGAAGUCACACAGUAAAAAGAGAUGUUUUUAAUCGGUAUCAGGAAUCAUUUUCCGGUGCAUUGUUGAAUGUAGUCAAUCUGUAUCCAGUAAUUAGCUAAACAAAUGUGACGGGCAUGUUUUAAACUGAAAACUCACUAUCGCUAAACUGCAACACAAAAUCUGCUGUCGAGCUGAAAUUUCACUAUUGUGCUCUCUCUAGAGAAGGAUUUGUGAGAUUUAAGUUUUUAAGAAGAAAAAACAGAAUAGAAAAUGUCCAAGUCAUCCAAUACCCUCUUUGAUAUAAGUAAUUUAGAUAUAAAAAGUAUCAAAUUUGAAGGAAAAAAAACAUACAGGGUUAUCAAAUGAGUUGAUUACUAAACAAGAUAAACUUAACACUCACACAUACGCUGUUGAAACACGAAUAAAGGAAAUUAAAGAACACAAAAAAAGAUCCAAAACAGUCAAAUCAGCAAACCAAAAUAUUAGAAAAUAACAUUGAUAAGUAGUGUUUAUAAAUACAGCUAACUUAUGUCUACUUCUGACCACACAUCGGUGAACAUGUCAAAAUCGGAACGAAAAAUUGGCCCCACAAAAGUCAAAAGUAGAGGAACUGAGCUCCCAGAAAUAUAUUCUGUUUCGCGGCGUUAUGGUCAACUCCAGAACAAAAUUAAAAUUAUUAAAACAUUUAGCAAAGAAUCGAGAAGGUACGAAACACUUUUUAUAAACCUUGAACGCCGAUAAGUGUGAGACACAAUUACUAUAGGGGAUGUCUAAGGGGUAAAAACGAUAAAAAGACGAAAAAAAAUCUGGUUUUGUUUUGCUUUGGUAUCAAAAAAAAGUCUUUUACUGCAUAGUGUUUAGUGAAGUUUUGCGGAUAAUUGUAGCAGUUGAGUUAUUAAUUUUACGAGAGAAGCAUGAAAUGUUCUAGCGAGUCAAUCGUGUUCGUGUACAUAAGUAUAGAAACUCUGUUGAAUUGAGAUGAAUAAUACAACCUUUAUACGGAUCGGAAAACAUACCACUAGAUUGUGAAA